CACACACACACACACACACACACACACACACACACACACACACACACACACACACACACACACACACAUGUAUAUAUGCACUGUGAUAUACUUGUGAUCAGUGGAUGAGAUCAUAUCCUGCUGGAAACCUUGUUUUUGAAGGACGCGGAAUGAAGAAACAUAAAGUUAUUCACAGAAAAAAGGAAAGAGAGAGAAGAAAAGAAAAGAAAAAGAAAGAAAAAAAAAGAAUUUUGUCGUGAAGUGAAAUGAAUCUCGAAGUGUCAUUGAUAUCACAUUUUUUUUUACAAAGUGAAAAGUGAUCAGAUGAUGAAGAAAAAGAAAAAGAAAACGAAAAAAAAGGAUUGCAAAGUGAUAUCCGCUUGUAAGUUGCAUGUUGUUGCAUGCGGUGACGGAUGGCGAACGUGACUCGGAUUUUUUAACAGAAAUCCCAGCAUGGCGAGUCGGGAUUGGUCGGACUCCGAGUCGGUGGCCAGCAGUGUGGCGGCGGCGUCGGAGGUGUCCACCGUGCCCGACAAGUUCGGGUUCCUCGGCGGCGCGCAGUACACGGAGGAUGGGGAGGAGACUGUGCCUGUGGAAGUCAACAGAAGAAGAGAGAAGAAAUGGCUCGAAAUGUUCAGUAAUUGGGACACGCACAUGCUCAAGCGAUACAAGAAGGUCAGAGACCGGUGUCGCAAAGGAAUACCCUCUGCUCUGCGGGCCAGGGCGUGGCAGCACCUCUGUGGGGCACACAAACAAUUGCAGCGUAAUCCGGGUGUAUUUGACCAACUGGCAGAGGCACCGGCAGAUCCUCGGUUAGAGGAUGACAUCAGAAAAGACCUUCACCGCCAGUUUCCUCUUCACGAGAUGUUCCUCCAGAAAGGGGGCCAUGGACAAGAAGAUUUGUUCAGAGUCCUAAAGGUUCAUGCACAAGUCUCGCCUGAUGAAUACUGUCAGGCUCAUGCCCCAAUUGCUGCUGUGCUCCUCAUGCAGAUGCCGGCGGAACCAGCCUUCUGGUGCUUAAAAGCUAUCUGCGACAAAUAUGUUCCUGGUUAUUAUGCUCGUGGUCUGGAAGCCAUUCAGAUCGAUGGUGAUAUCCUGUACAAACUCUUGAAGAAAGCUUCACCCUCGGCCUAUAAACACCUUAAAAAACACAAAAUUGAGCCAGUACUCUACAUGACAGAGUGGUUCAUGUGCCUCUUCUCACGGACGUUACCCUGGGCAUCUGUCUUACGAGUGUGGGACAUGAUAUUUUGCGAGGGCGUCAAGGUGUUAUUCAGAGUUGGUUUGGUGCUGCUGAAGUAUGGACUGAGACCGCAGGUACUCAAGCGCUGCCCUGGGAUGUAUGAGACACUCCAGGCCCUGCGCAACAUUGAGCAUGGUGUUAUGGCAGAAGGUUUCCUCUUAUUCCAGAUGCAAAGGCUGGACCUGAGUGAAGAUGACCUACAGAGGGAACACCAGCGCCAAGUGCAAAAGCGAAGACAGGCCAAAGAUGCUGCGACAAAUGGCAGAUAGAAUGCUGCAUGGAGGCUGCCAAGGCCCAGCCCGUUGAGCACUGAGUUCCAUAGUGAACUGAGCUAGCUCACCGACAUGACAAAGUGUGAUGCCAUACAAGAUUCCAUAAUCCGUUUUACAUACCCGAAAUAAACCUACAUCCUUCUCGCGCCAUUUCCAGAUGUGAAGUCUGCAUGUCAGGUUUACUGCUGUGCUCAUAUGAUGCAUAUGAAUGAUGUGUAUUGUACACCAUGCACUAAUAUUCAUUUGUUGCCUAUGUUAGUUCCAUUAGGCUGGAGAUAGUCAGCUUACUAGACAAAUAAGACUGUGGUUGCCAGCAUCUGGAUGAAAGUUUGGAAUCCUGUCUGGAGAUUUAUAUUUUUCCUCAUAUAAUUCAGGUAUCUGGAGAUGAGAGAUGAUUAGCAUUGUAAGGAAAUGCUGAGGUGACUUUAGGAGAGGUGGCCAAAGCGGACCUUUGAUUGGGAAAUGGAAUAUAUGUAUAAUGUAAUUUGAAAUGUGACGGAUUCCCUUGUUAUGAUACUGAUAUGUAUAAAUCUUGCCUUGUGUGUAUUGAUGAGAGAUCUUCCAGGUGAAGUGAGUGUGUUGCUCCAUUCAAGUUGCAAAUUAUCUGAUGAAGUUGUCUUUUGUUAUCUAUUUUUCUGAAAAAAAGAAAAAUUCAACAGAAGAAAGAUCACUUCCAGAAACACUCCUAGAUUUAGUACAAGUUACCCCCUUUCCUCAAAAAAAAAAAAAAAAAAAAAAGGAAGAGAGAGAAAAAAAAAAGGAAAGAAAUUAAGAUUUUUAUGGUGUUGCUACAUCAUUCAUGAAGUAGUGAUUGUUAAUAGUUAUUUAGAGAAAUAUUUUGGUAUAUUCUUCCUUUUGGCAAUGGUUUGAUAGCGCGCAUGGAGCGGAGAACUUAGUAAAGAAGCUGCCUCAUGUUGAAGCACAUGUGGCCCCUAGUUUGAUGGGUACAGAUGUGUCAUUAGUAAGAAUUUUAUUAGAUGAUGUUCUUUGUACUAAGGAAUUUUGCAUAUCAUCUAUUCAGUAUUUCAUUUGUACAAAUGGCCAAAGGAGUUGAAAGAAACUAGUUAGAAAGAUUGUUUUUUCCUUUUUUCAAAACUCUUCCCAAGCAAAGGUAAAAGGACUUGUUCCUGUACAGGUGUGCCGUAAAAACCUGGUUCUCCAAGCAUAGUGCAGCGUGUGGGAGACGCAGACGGGAUCGGCAUGUGUGUGUGUGUGUGUUUUGGGUGUGAGCAGUGCAUGCCGCAAGCACAGCGGGGGAUAAGAUUUGAUCAAGUUGUAGUUGUGUUUCCUUUGGUGAAUGGCCAUGGAACUGACCAGUGCCUCUUGCAUGUAAGAAUGAUAUAUUUAGAUGAGAUAUAUAUAUAUAUAUUUUGUGUCAUGUGUAUAAAAUGUACAGACAGAUGUUUAAAAGCUUGCACAUUAAUAUUAGAUAUUAAUUUAUAUUGAUAAAUUGAAAUGCCAAAAAAAAAAAAAAAAAACUAUAUUAACCUAAUUGUAAGUUAUCACCUAAAUGGUAAAAGGAGAUAUAAAAGUCUUCGGUUGAACUAAACCAGACCUAAGGUUUGGAAAAAAGGUAAAUUGGAUUAUUCAGAUUGAAAAAUGAUUGUACACCUCUGAUUAGUUUUACGUUGUAGAAUAUUGUCUUAAUUUCCUUUAGGGUUAUGAAUCUCUCGUAUUUAUUUGAAGACGUGUUUUCUGUUGUUAUUCCAGUUAACUGAAAUGGAUUAUUGGACAAUAAUUUAAUAAAGAUAAGAGAAAAUAACUGAUAUGCAUGGGACCCACGAAGCAGAGAUAAUAUGUGUAACCAACUAACCAAGCAGAAUAAGUUCUUUUGAAAGAAUAGAUCAGUAAAUAAAAUACCGAAUGAGAAGAUGUGGCAUAAAUGUUUGUUUGUCUAUUGCAACAUCCAAUAUACUUGUGGAAUAAGAAAAUAGAAAUUAGCAUAUUAAGUUGCUCACUUUCCGUAUUUCUUAUUUAUUUAUUUUUUUUUGUCUUUCUUUUUCUUUUCGAGGAUUUAUAGAAAUUGAAAGUCACAUAACUCUGUAGUUUGGAAAUUAGGUAUAAUAGGUAAUAGUAUGCCUUUGGCCUAACAUAAACAAGGAGAAAGUCUAACCAAAAGCCAAAAGACAAAGUGCUUGUACAUAGAGUGAAGAAAGAGAAAUUAGAUUAAUACGAGUCGCAUACUGUAUGUGUCCAUUUCAUUUGAGUGCUUUUUAUCUGUAUCUUUGAAAUAACACUGAAUAUCAUGUCUAAAUGUACUAUUUAACCCUCUCCCCCCCCCCCCUCCCAAGAAAAAUUAACUGCAUUGUUUUUCUUUUUGUUUUGAAGUUGUGUACUCUUAAUGUUGUUAGAGAGUAGAGCAGUACAUACACAUAUACAAAAUAAAACUUGCAAAAACUCUCGUACUUACAUGCUCCAUGAACCCACACCCAUAAUCACACACAUCCACUCCCCCGAACACCCACACUCCCACACUUCCCUCGUCCAUGUACCAAAUGCAAAUAUACCAAAUGUAGACUUCUGACACGCGCACGUGCACACACACACACACACACACACACACACACACACACACACACACACACACACACACACACACACACACACACACACACACACACACACACACACACACCACACACACACGUAAAUUAAUGAUUUUUCCCCCAUUUAGUUCUGUCUGAUUUUUUUUUUUUUUUUUUUUUAAAGAAAGCAAAUGGGACCAUUUUAUUAAACCUUUUUUAUAUAUAAAAAUACUUAUCCUCUUCUAGUGGAUAAGGCUCCUUUUCCUAUUUUGAAAUUUUAAUUGAUUUUUAAACCGUAGACAAUUUCCAUUCCAUACCCUUCAUUUCUCCUAGGCAUUAGAUGGCAAGAUUUUAAAGACCUUUCAGUUGUGUUGGCAAGUAUUAGACCAAGGAUAAAAUGUUGAUGGAUAGUUUAGGUGACCAGUGAUAAUAUUCAGUAGAAGUCUCCUUAGCUUCAAAGAAAAUGUCCGUAUUGGCAAGCAGUACUUUUUUCUUCAAAUAAUAAUCUUUAUUUUACAGGUAGAUGCAAGAUUGAACAAUUUGCUAUAUUACCUCUGUAUUCUGAAGUGACGAUCGGCUGAAACAUUGUAUCAUGUGAGUGACGAAAUGUUUACAGUUGAAAGGAUUAUAAAUGGAACAAAUGUCCUCGUAGGUAGCUUCAUGUUGCAACAAAUGAUUUUGAGUGUUCAAGGGGUCCUCUGUUCUACGAUUCCCUGAUAGAGCGUAUUUAAUUAGCUAAUAUGGGUUUCUCAAGUCAAAAGAUCUGAACUGAACUUGAGGUGACUGGUAGCUAUUUCAGUUGCUGCAACUGAGAUCAAAAGUAAAGUGUAUAAUCCAGCUUUUGCUAUUUGAUGGAAAAUAUUGUGAACAUGUUUUUGUUGCACAUAUAUGACUUCUAAUCAAGUCUUACCAGUAUUAAACACACAAUCACUAAAUGUCACUCAAUUGUAAUUUGUCUUAUUUUGGGAGAAGGAAAAAAUUAAAUCAAAGUUGAAAUCAAUAAAGAGCUUUCAUAUGA